UCUUCGUAGUCUUUGAUCUUUUUUCUGUUGUUGUUAAAUCUUCGAUUUUUGAUAAACAUCAUCAAAUUCAUAUCUGUUCCUUUUUACGAACAAAAAUAUGAAUUCUUAUUUUAAUUAUUCAUCAACGGCUGAAUGGCCAUCAGCACCACUACCACCAUCAAUAUUAUCAUCAUCAUCAUCAUCGACAAAUAUAACUGAUCCAUCAUUAUCAACUACAACGACAUUACCAUCAGCAAUGUAUACAGCAUCUUCGAUUACUACAGCUGCGACUGCUGCGGCUGCUGAGGCUACAGCAGCAGCAUCAUCAGCAGCAGCAGUAACAGCGUUAACCGCAUCAAAUCCUCAAAGUUCAUUAUUACAACAACGUUAUAAUAAUUUAAAUCAUUCUAGUCGAUCAUCAUCAUCAUCAUCACCACCGCCAUCAUCAACACAAUAUAAUCAAGGUAAUAUCAUUCAACAACAACAACAACCUAAUCAAUUUACCUCAGCCGCUGCUGCUGUUGCUGCCGCAGCAUAUUAUAAUGAUAAUAAAGGUUAUCAAAAUGGUUAUCAUGGAACAUCACCAUCAUCAACAAUCAUGAAUGCAAGAUAUACUUCCACAAUUCCGAAUAAUCAUCAUCGUUAUCAUCAACAACAACAACAACAACCGUUAGGAUUAUUACAACAACAAACGUCACCAUCAUCAUAUCAACAUCCAUUUUAUAAUGAAUUUGUAUUCGGUAAUCAUCAUCAUCAUCAUCAAACAUUACAUAAUCCGCAUCCACAUCAACAUAAUCUACCUCCAACUAGUUGUCCAUAUCCACCACCAUCAUCGAAUCACUAUAGCAAUCAUUUAGACAUGAUUGCACCACCACCUCCACCAUUACCACCAUCAUCAUCAUCAUCAUCAUAUGAAUUAAUUCCACAAACAUUAUCAAUUAUGGAUGAUGUUGGAUCGCCAAAUAAUAAUAAUAAUCGUCCAAUUGAUUUAAUCAAUUCAUCAUCAACAUCUGAAACAUCGAACGAUAUAGGAAUUAACAUUGAUCAACAACAGCAACGUUUAUUUCGUUCAAAAAUUAUUCAAAAUGAUCCAAAUUGCAAUAUAGAAUCUCAAUCAACAACAACAAAAUUACAAUCGGAAACAUUAAUAACAUCGAAAACACCCAGUAGUGGUAGUAGGGGUUAUCAAAUAUCAAUCAAAAAUUAUAAAAAUGAUGCGGAUGAUGGAGAUUUGGAAGAAGAAGAUAAUUCCAUUGAUUUAUCAUCAACAAAACAUCAACAUAAUCAACCAGAACGAUCAUUAACACCUAUGGAUAAUGAUAGCAAUCAUACACCACCACCACCAUUAUCAUCAUCAACAUCAUCAUCAUCAUCAUCAACAACAUCAUCAUCAAUGAAUACAAAUUUACAUCAUCAUUCGCAUCAUCUUUAUUCACACCAUCUUAAUCAACAGCAACAACAACAACAUUAUCAACAACAACAACAACAACAACAAAAAUCACCAACAUCAAAUUCAACAACAUCAACAUCAUCAUCAUCAUUUUUUCCAUGGAUGAAAUCUUAUCAAGAUUCUGGUCAUGGACCAAAACGAACACGACAAACAUAUACCCGUUAUCAAACAUUGGAAUUGGAAAAAGAAUUUCAUUUUAAUCGUUAUUUAACACGUAGACGUCGUAUUGAAAUUGCACAUUCAUUAGGAUUGACUGAACGACAGAUAAAAAUUUGGUUUCAAAAUCGUCGUAUGAAAGCUAAAAAAGAAAUAAAAGUUAAAUGUAAUUCAACAACAACAUUGACAACAACAAUGAUUAGUGGUGGUAAUGGAACAAACAACAACAAUCAUACACAAGAAUUUGAAUCAAAUACGGGUAGUAAAAAUCUUCAUACAAAUCCAAUUUCCAAUGCUGAUAAUGUUGAUGAUGAAGAUGAUGAUGAUUGUUUACAGUAG